AUGUCGUUCCCUGGCGCUUUACCAAUGUUAAAUACUAAUCAAGAGCCGUUUCGACCUUCGGAAUGGCUGCUUUCACCUAAUAGCUACUUGGUGCAGCAGGAUAGUCGUGGAGAAGGGCAAGCUUCCGCUCCCGUUGCAUUGAUGGAAACUGGACUCGAAACUGAGUUUAGAAUGAGGCAGCGUGUCUCCUUAGUUUGCCUUCCGUGCCGUAAUAGACAUGUAAAGUGCGACUCUGGUUUACCAAGCUGUUCCCGACGCAAAUUCGAUGACAGGCAAUGCAAAUAUAUGCAAUCUCGGAGAGGAGGGCACAACAAGAUUACAUCGCGUGAUGUCCAUAGUUCGGUCACAAAGUCACCACCCAAAGCAUCGGAUUCCAACCAUUCGUCUUUAAGGGAGCACAUCAGUGGCCCAACGGACAACGAUUCAGAUAGUACAGGAGUGAUGGAAGGGGGCACCGGCUUUGGAAACCUGGUACCAUUGAAUUCACCAAUACUAGACCGACUUCUUGAAUGCUACUAUUCUUUCUUCCACGAACCACAUCCGAUGAUCCUCCCUAAGCAGCAAUUCCUGGAACGGAACGAUUGUAGGUUGACGGGAAAUCUCUCGAAGCUGUGGUUGCAGUCAUGCGAUACAUUGCUCGUUAUGUGGCUGCUGCCCGUUUCCCGAGCCUUCAAAAGCCUGUCGAAGACUUUAUUGUUCUCCUCAGAACUACCUAAAAACGGUUUAUCAGUACAAGCUUUCACGUUGUACUCUACCGCUGUGCAUUGGAACAACGAGGAGGUGCGUGCACGAGAAAUACUGGAUAUUGCUAGCCGCUUGGCUUUGGAGAUUGACCUACACCCCCGAAAUUUCGCCUUCCAAUUCGUGCUAUGGAGCGUGGAUACUGAUGUUGAGCUGCCGUGGGAGGAGGAGGACUUCCAUUCAGGGAUGGGUAAUCCUAAUAUCCCAAGACCAAGGACUCUACUUGAGUUUGACGAUGGGGAAUUCGAUGCGGUUGAUGUAGUGUUCUCUUCAUUUGCCUAUCUAAUCAAUGCUUCACGUAUUCUAGGCAUUGCUUUGGCGGUUGGCUCCGAUAAUGGUAACCCAAUAGAUCCAGCAGUUGACCAUGCAAAUUCCGGUUUGAUAUCUUGGGUAUUCCAUCUGUCCGAUGUCAAGCGAGAGCUGGUAACUAGUAAAGGAAAGGUAGAUCCAAUAUUAUUCCUCGCACAUAUGCUGAUUCAAACAACAACUAUCUAUCUUCACCGUCCCUGCUCAAAGCUUUUAUGCAACACUACGGAAAACAUCUCCAAAUGCGCACCUCCUCCACUACCUCAGCGGCUCACCCAUGCUGCUCAGGAAGCCUACCAGCUGCACACCGUGAAAGUGUUAAACGCCGCCGAAAAGAUUUCCAAACUGCUAGCUCUCCCGACCCCCCUUGGUGAGCAAUCCCAAUUCAUUCUAUCCGUUUGUAUAUUCGAUGCCAACAUUGGCACGGGCCGUGAAAUCAAGGAACUCAUUCGAGUCAACAUAGGUGCUCUAAAGGCACACGAAAAGAUCUGGCCAUUAGGCCGCAAAACACUGUAUGAAGUAAAACUGAAUGCGCGAGAGGUUUUCACUCUCCAGAAGAUUGAUUUUCAAUCUACUUCUGAUUCGGUGCCAGAUCCUGAAGAGUUCUCCACUUCCACCACUAAAAUCUCAGCGUCUGGGCAGACAUGA